AUGGCCACGCUCGCAGCCUCGGCCGCGGCAGCGGCAGCGGGCCUGAUGUAUGCCGACCACGCCCUUGGCCUGUCCCGCGACAUCUCCCAGUACCGUCACGAUGCGUCCUUCGCCAAACGCUUUCCCCAAUACGUGGCCACUCUGGGCCAUGAAUCACCACAUCUCUAUCGAAUGCUCGAACUAGCUGAUCCAACAGCCGACGCAAUCUGGUUCGAAGGCCAGACUUGGAACUACCGGGCCAUGAAGCAGCAAGUCGACGAGCUAGCUGUGGGACUGCACCACUCACUAGGCGUCAAAAAUGGAGACAUCGUUGCCGUUUUCAUGACCAACUCGCCCGAGAUGGUCUUCACCGUAUACGCACUGACCAGACUGGGCGCAGCACCAGCAUUGAUCAACAACGCCCUCCGAGACGAGACGUUACUGCAUUGUGUGCGUUUGCCGGCAUCGAGUCUGAUUCUGACCACGCUUGAUCUCGCUCCUCACGCUGCAUCCGUGGCAAAAACACUAGGCGGCGCGGUGAAAACCGUGCGAUUGAAUCUAGGUUCUUUCCGACCAACAACACCGAUAUCAAACAGCAACAACAACACCUUUACCUAUAUCACAGACUUCCCCUUCCCAGAACUGUCACAGUCAGUCCCAACACCAGCGUCUUUACUCCCGCCCACACCACCGAAAUCGCUAGCGUCGGUCGCCGCACUGAUCUACACGUCCGGCACAACGGGCAAACCCAAAGCCUGCAGAGUGAAAAACGCCAUGAUUUGCGUCGUCUCAUGCAGAACCUCGAUCGACGACAGCAACCCCCGGAAAUAUCUCCGACCACUCCGCGUCUAUUCAUGCAUGCCCCUCUUCCACGGCACAACCUUCUUCACCGGCCUGUGUUACAGCGCCGGCAACAGCGGCUGUUUCUGCAUCGGGCGACGAUUCUCAGCACGCAACUUCUGGAAAGAAGUCCACGAAAGUCGCGCCACACGCAUCCUCUAUGUCGGGGAACUCUGCCGCUUCCUACUAGCCACCCCUCCAACCCUAUACGAUCGUGACCACAACGUCCUAGUAGCAUGUGGCAACGGCCUUCAGAAGGAUGUGUGGGUUGCAUUCCAGGAACGGUUUCGCGUCGACGAAGUGCGUGAAUUCUACCGCUCCACUGAAGGUCUGGUCAAGUACGAUAACGCCCAUCGUCGCGGGAGGCCAGGGGCAGGCAAAGUCGGGUAUCUAGGAACACUGCGCAAACGGGUGCUCGACAAGGAUCAGUUUAUUGUCAAAUUCGACUACGAUACUGAAAUGCCCAUUCGGGAUCCCAAAACCGGGUUUUGUGUGGUUGCAGACCGUGGUGAGCCUGGGGAGGCGAUCGCGCGGAUUCACAACUUGGAUACUUAUACGGAUUACCACGCCAAUCAGGCCGCCACGGAGCAGAAAUUCCUCCGUGAUGCUUUUGCAAAGGGCGAUUUGUGGCAGCGCAGUGGCGAUCUGUUGGUUCAGGAGCCAAGCGGGUGGGUCAGGUUUGUGGAUCGGAUAGGUGACACAUAUCGCUGGAUGGGGGAGAACGUCUCUGCCGGAGAGGUAAGGGGGUUCAUCUCCGAGUUGCCAGGUGUUAGGGAUGUGGUGGUUGUGGGUAGACGGUUGGGGAAGUAUGAUGGGCAGGUGGGGACUGCGUUGGUGGUGCUUGACCACGGGGAAUGGGUGGAUGGGAGGAAAGUGGAACAAAAAGAAGAUCAAGAACAGACCUUCAUGAGCCGUCUAUUUGGAGAGCUUCGCGCAAAGGGUGUCCCUCGCUACGCUGUCCCGCGCCUCGUGAUGGUUCGGGACGGCCUGAUCGACGUCGGCGACACGUUCAAGCAUGCUAAGAUGGUGGUCAAGAACAUCGACUGGUCCAAGACCACGACUGUUGGUGUGGAAAAGGCGGAGUCAGACGGGAGACGGUAUUAUCUUGAUCUCGACGCGGAGCGGUUCAAGCCGUUGGAUGCAGAUGCUUGGGCUAGGAUCGAGCAGGGGAGAGCAAAGUUGUGA